UUGUUCUGAACCAGGAAGCUCGUCUGACUAAAUUGGGUGUGUAAUUUCACGUCUACACAGAAUUGAACCCUCUUUAUCUUUCACCGGAUUAUUUCAGCGUGGUUACAUUUAAGUGACGUACUAUCAAACAAACAGCCUUUUUGUUAAACAGCUAAAUAUACUCGCCGUGCAUGGUCGGUGGCCUCUGUAGAGAUGGUGAUGGAGGAGCAGGCCCGGAGCUGCCUGCUGCGCUUUCGCCACAAACUGGUGCAGGACAUCAAGCCCACCUAUCUCAUGGACCACAUGAUCAGUGAUGGUGUGAUCACUGUGGAUGAGGAGGAGAGGGUCAGGACUCAGCCCACCAGGAAGGACCAGGCUGCAGCGCUCGUUGAGCUCCUACUGAGGAAAGACAAUCGUUCCUACAUUUCUUUCUACAACGCCCUGGUUAAAGAGGCAUAUGAUGAUUUGGCCAAUCUACUGCAUGCUGGUUUACCGCAUGUCUCAUCUGAUGCACUUAAGGGCUUCUCUCCCGACAGUACACCCUAUGUCCAGAUGGUCCUAAGUGAAGGUGGAGUCCCACAGAGACCUGUAGUGUUCGUCAGCAGACCUGAGCUGGUAAACCGGGUCCAGGAGAAACUCUAUCAACUCCAUAAGAUCUCCGGAUGGGUGACGAUCUUUGGCAUGGCUGGCUCAGGCAAAUCUGUUCUUGCUUCUGAAGCUGUUAGACACCAUGGGCUUAUUGAAGAGGUUUUUCCUGGAGGGAUCCACUGGCUAUCCAUUGGUCAGCUGGAUAAACCAGGCCUGCUGGUGAAGGUCCAGUCAUUGUGUUUUCGUCUGGAGCAAAGCCUGGAUGCACAGUCGCGCCACCGGCCCCCCAGCUCUCUGGAUGAAGCCAAGGAAUGUCUGCGCUUCCUCAUGCUGCGCAAAUAUCCGAGAUCUCUACUGAUUCUAGAUGACAUCUGGGACAGCACCGUGCUGAAGGUGUUCGAUGUCCACUGUCGAGUUCUUCUGACUUCCAGAAACAAAAGCAUUGCUGAUUCCGUCAGUGGCUCCAAACACGAGGUGGAAGUGGAAAGUGGGCUGGACGACAAAAAGGCUUUAGAGAUUCUGGCUCUCUACACAAAAACGGAGUUAAAGAAACUUCCUACAGAGGCUCAUAGCAUCGUCAGGGAGUGUAAAGGCUCUCCUCUGGUGUUGUCGCUGAUCGGCGCUCUGCUCAAAGAGAAACCAAACCGCUGGCCUUACUACCUCCGCCAGCUGCAGCAGAAGCAGUUUAAGCGCAUUAGGAAGUCUUCUUCUUAUGACUACGAUGCUUUAGAUCAGGCCAUGGCUGCAAGCAUUGAGGUUCUUCCUGAGGAGCACCAAGAGCUCUACAAGGACUUGACUGUGCUGGAGAAAGACGUGAAGAUCCCCGCUAAGGUUCUGUCUGUUCUGUGGGAUUUGGAGCUGGAGGAAGUGGAGGACAUUCUCCACGAGUUUGUCAACAAGUCUCUGCUUUUUGUGGACAGUCACAAUAAGCCCCAUCUGUACUACCUUCAUGACCUGCAGCUGGACUUCCUGUUGGAGCAGAACCGAGAUCAGAUUGGGAGCCUUCACACUAAGGUGGUGCGACAGUACCAGCAGCACUACAGAGACAUUCCUCCCACCUCAGGAGAUGAGGAAUGUCUCUAUUGGAUCAGAUUUCUGACCUACCACAUGGCCAAAGCCAACCUCUCUCAGGAGCUCUACUCGCUCAUGUUCUCCCUGGACUGGGUCAGCAUCAAGGCCAGAAUAAUGGGCCCAGCACCUCUCAUCAAUGACUAUGUGGAGCAUGGAUCCAUUCUUGAUAAAGAGAACAGUGACGUUCGCUGCCAGUUCCAGGAGUUUCUGUCUCAGAGUGCUCAUCACCUGGAGCAGCGUCCGUUCCCCGAUGUGGUUCAGCUCGCUCUGUCUCAGCCUCACACCUCAGAGGUCUACAGGCAGGCCCGGCAGCAGGCGCUGAACCGGGCUAAAGGCGGGAAACUCUACUUUGAUUUGAUAAAUAAGAGGAGUGUAGAGAGUCUGUCUUAUCUGGUGAUCCAUCCUCAUCAGGGCUUCAUCUACUCUGCCUGUUUCUCCCAUGAUGGAACAAAAGUCGCCUCUUGUGGAGCUAGCAAAACAUUAAAGGUGUUUAAAAGUACCUCAGGUGAGAAACUCGCAGAGAUCCAGGCUCAUGAGGAGGAAGUGCUCUGCUGUGCCUUUACCUAUGACGACCGUCUCAUAGCAACCUGCUCCAGCGACCGGAAAGUCAAGGUGUGGAACGCAGAACAAGGCAAGCUGCUGAGAGCUUUUGCGGAGGAGCAUGAGGAGCAGGUCAACCACUGUGAGUUUACCAACACAGCACGGCGCCUCCUUUUGGCCACCUGCUCUAAUGACAGUUGCAUGAAUGUCAAGCUUUGGAAUCUAAACAAGCCUUCCUCCCAGAACACCAUGUUUGGUCAUUUUGAGCCAGUGAACCACUGCUGUUUCUCCCCCGAUGAUAGUUAUUUGUCUACUUCCUGUAAUGACGGUACUGUUAAGUUGUUUCAGGUCUCGUCUGCCAACGAGUGGAAGACAAUCGACGUGAGGAGCAUGUUUGCUGACGGCGAAGAGGUGAUUGUCAAGUGCAGCACCUGGAGCCCUGACAGCAAACGUGUCAUUUGUGCUGCCAGAAAUGCAGUUUUGGUGUUUGAUGUGGAGUCAUCAGACAUGCUGUUGGAGAUUAGAACCAACCGUCUGAGCAUGGUGCAGUACUGCCACGCCUGUCCUACCAGUAACCUGCUGGCCAUCGCCUUCUCAAACUACGCCCUAGAGCUUUGGGAUCUUGAGAACAGCAAGAAGAAAGCUGACUGCAGCGGCCACCUGAGUUGGGUUCAGCGUGUGCAGUUUUCUAACGACGGCUCGAAGCUGCUGUCCUGCUCAGACGACCAGACUGUCAGGUUGUGGGAGACCCAGAAGGUCCACACAUCUUCAGCCAUUGGCUUGAAGAGAGAUUCAGACGUUCUCUUCAAUAAUGAAGAAAUCAUUGUGUCGGCUGCAGACAACUGCAACAGACUGCAGGUGCGUGAUGGGAGAACAUCAUCGGUGCUGUUCCAGUCAGAGGAGAUGUCGUCCAGAAUCAGGUGUACCUGCUUGUCCAGGCAUCCCUCUGCUGUGGCGCUGGGCCAAGAGAGCGGUAGUGUGCAGGUGCCAGGCACGACGGCUAGGCAGGUGCUGAGGACUGUUGGCUGCAGGAUCCGUCGACUGCUGACCUCCUGCUGGGGGUCGGUGGUGGCGGUCGCUCAGAGCUCAGGCAGAGUGUGGGUGCUGGACGUACCUUCUGGGAAGCAUUUGGCCACUCUGCAGGGCCACACCAAGACUGUGCUCCAUUGUCGUUUCAGCCUGAACGGCCAAACGCUCAUCACAUCCUCCGAGGACACCACCAUUAGGGUGUGGAAGUGGCAGUCAGGUGAGUGUACAGUCCUUCAGGGACAUAAGGAACAAGUCAGAUGCUUCUCUUUACUCUCUGACUCGAUGAAUGACUCCAGCUUGCUGUCGUGGUCCUUCGAUGGAACCGUGAAGGUGUGGGACAUUGAGAGGGGAGAGAGAUUGCAGGACAUCCAGGCUCAUCAGGGAGCCAUUCUGUCCUGUCAUGUCUCACCAGACAGAUGUCUCUCUGCAACCACCUCUGCUGACAAGACGGCUAAGUUGUGGAGUAUUCCGUCCUGGCAGUGUACACACACACUGAGGGGUCACCAGGAGUGCGUCAGAAGCUGCAGGUUCUCCUGGGACAGCCGACGCCUCUCAACAGGAGAUGACAACGGAGAGAUCCGGCUCUGGAGUGUCGAGGACGGCUCUUUGCUGAAGAUUUGCUCCAGAGACAGUAAGGGCGGCAUGGAUUCGCUCCAUGGAGGCUGGGUGAGCGACCUGCACUUCUCCCCCGACGACUCGCUUCUCGUCUCGGCUGGAGGCUACAUCAAGUGGUGGAGCGUGGUGACAGGUGAAGCCCUGCAGACCUUUUACCCAACGGGAAGCGCUUUGAAGAAAAUCCACGUGUCGCCUGACUUCUCCACCUUUGUCACCAUCGAUAACAUCGGCAUCCUCUACAUCCUCCAGAGGGUGGUGUGAGGACGGCGUCUUCUCCAAAAGACCAAAUGACAACGGAAACAAAUCAACACAAUCCAGAAAAACGCUCUGGUUGUUUUAGUUUCUGAGGGACACGCCUUUUCAUUUAAACACCAGGCAAGAUUAACAAUAACCACCCUUACACAUGCACUUGCUAAAUAGACCAGAUUUGAACAAAAGUAGAUCCUGGAAACUUUUUUUGCAUUCUAAAGCCUUAAAGAAAGUGGGUGCAGAAACGUGGUUUGUGUAUGAAAUGUGAACUGUCAAGAGGAGAUGCAUCGUGGAAUAACUUUGUAAUUUGAAAAAAAGCAGGAAGAUUUGUUAUUGUUGCAUUGUUUUAGUUGAACAUUAAUCCAUACUGCUUUGGCACUGAACAUCAUCAUGUCUGCUACACAGCAAGAACACACCAAAGAUGUCUGCAGUGUUAGACAAUCAAGAUGAGCAAACUCACACCUUUGCAUAUGAAGGUCAGUCCACCUGAAACGUCAUCUUCAGUAUAAAUGUUCUGAGCUUUUUGUUCUCAGCAGCCUUGGUCUUAAGAACUUCUGCAGGUACAAGAGCGUGUUCUCUGUAGAUGGAUUAUGCUUCCUGUCUUCAUCAGCACACACUGAACUGUAGGUGCGAUUUGAUGAGCAUGAAAAAUAAAGGGAAUGAUGUUUUAAUGGUGGGAACAUUUCAAGUCAUACCCAGUCAAAGCCCGUGGAAGUAUUUGUAAUUUAGACGUGUUAAUAUGUUUAACAUGAAAGGUUUUUCUACAAAAACACAAUAAUUUAUAGUAAAAUCCCCUCCUGUGCUUUGUCAAUUUUCUUUCUAAAUAUCUUUGUACUAGAUCUGUGCCACUUUUUAAAACACUUUUUAUCUGUUUAUCUUACUGGUAAAGCAGGAGGCAUUGUUUACCUGUGAAACUUUUUAUACUGUGAAAAUGUUGUUCGUAAAAAGUCUUUAAUCCAUCAAAGCUGAAGAUGAUCUAGACUUGAGGUUCAGAAAAAGCACAAAAAACAAUCUAUGUGAGUUAACAUUUGUGAACAAUAUGGUGUCCUUUUCCAACCUCCUGACUGGUGCUUUAACGUUCAAUCAAUGAAUUUUCUUCCUGAAAUGACGUCUUUGUAAAGUGGAUGCAACAAUACUGUGGUGCUUUGUAAUUAUUUAUACAAGAGUAAACCAUAUUUACUGUUA